CGAACGCCAAAGAGGGAGUAAAAAUAACACUUCCCCGUCCCAAGCGCAUCUCUUCUCUUGUCAGCCGAUGGAGGAGACGCCGCCAUCUUCCAACAUCCUCGCCAGAUCCCCGGCGGAGCCCCGUGCCACACGCCACCGUGUCCGGACCCGGACCAGGACCAGGACCAGUUCCCUCUCCGGCUCCGCUUCCUCCCUGUCCUCCUCUUCCGCCGCCACCUCCCCCUCCGCAUCCCCCUCCCCCCGCUCCUCCUCCGUCCCAUUCUCCUGGGAGCAGCGCCCGGGCAUCCCCAAAGCGCCCCCACUCCCCCCCGCCCCCGCCGCCGCCGACACCGACGCCCACCUUCUCCUCCCCCUCCCUCCCCCGGCCCGGUCCCAGUCCGACCUCUCCACCCCGCGCAAGAAGCGCCCCUCGCCGCGGGCCCCCGCCUCCCCGGACCCGUUCGCGGCCGCCCUCGCCCUGUGCGCCAAGAGCCUUCCCGACGUCGGCGACGAGAUGGAGGAGCUCUGGGGGGCCACCGACGCCCCGCGCAGGGUGGCGUCCAUGACCGAUCGCUUCCGGCUCUUCGACUUGUACGGCUCCUGCAAGGCCACGUGCUCCGUCGUGGAGGCGACGGUGCGUCUCCCCCGGGCUCGCUCCUUCGGUUCGCUCGCCCGCCGGCCCGGUUCAACCACCAUCGCCGGUUCGAGAUUGGCAUACAAACACGUCCCAAAUUAGACGCCGAAUAAUACUGUUAUUUGUCGUGUGUAUUAAUUUAGUCGCCCUGCUUGUCGUC